AUGACGGGCACUGAGACUUCCAAUGCGGGAGGAGGUUUUGAUCUGCUACGAAGAGCAACUCAAGCAAUGAUGUCUAGGUCUGCGGCGGACGAGGAUGGCGCCGAUCACAUUGGUCUCGAAACUCCUCGAUCCGGUGUAGCUACACCUCAACCCGAUCUACAGGACAAACGCUUACCAGGAAUCAUGAGCUACUUCGGCCAGAGCGGCAACUCGACUCCUACUCGAGCAAUGUCGGCUGCUCGACCAUCUGGCUCCGAUAGAGCCCCAUCCUCCGGGAGGACCAGUCAUGACGGUGCUGAAGUCAGCGGUACUCAGACUCCAAGGAGUUCUGCCGGUGCCCAGGCGCCUGCCGCCAAGGGAAAGCUAACAAUCAAGAUCAAUGAAGCUCGUGGGCUUAGGAAGAGUCGGGACCCCUAUGUUGUUGUGGUGUUCCAGCGUAGUGAGCUCAUUUCUGGGGGUCCCCACCACAUCGAUGAGGACGAUAACCUUAGUGUUGAGCCACCUCCGGCAGCUGGUGGUAUCCCUAUCCAGCGAUCAGGCAGUGACUCUGGGCGUCCCUUAGCUAUUCCCAUGAGGAGCAGGCAAAGUAGCAACACUAGCAUUAAUGACUACGGCUCGUUCCGUAACCGAUCCGGAGGUCAGCUUACGUUCACCAACCCAAAAUGGGAUGCCGAAGCCGAGUUCGAUGUUGUGGACUAUGAUAUGCUGGUUGACGUCUCGGUUUAUGAUCAUGGGGCAACGGGCGAUGAAUUUCUCGGCCAUGUUGAUUUUCAGGCCAGCAAGGAUCCCGGUGCCACCGUCCAGGGCUGGUUCCAGCUGCAGGGCCAUGCUGAUACCAUGGCAGAAAAUGCGCCAACCGGUGAGAUCUUCCUCGAGGCCAUCUAUCACAGAGCAGAGAGGAAGCAAUUUGGCCCCACUGAUUUCGAGAUUCUGAAACUCAUCGGCAAGGGCACUUUCGGUCAGGUGUAUCAAGUGCGAAAAAAGGAUACUCAGCGCAUUUACGCCAUGAAGGUUCUGCAGAAGAAGGUUAUUGUGCAAAAGAAGGAAGUUGCCCAUACCGUGGGAGAACGAAAUAUCCUGGUUCGGACCGCCAUGUCCGACUCCCCUUUCAUCGUUGGUCUCAAGUUCUCUUUCCAGACACCAUCAGAACUUUAUCUCGUUACUGAUUAUAUGUCUGGAGGUGAGCUGUUUUGGCAUCUACAGAAAGAGGGUCGGUUUGACGAGAAGCGAGCCAAGUUCUACAUCGCCGAACUGAUCUUGGCCAUUCAGCACCUUCAUCAUAAUGACAUUGUAUACCGGGAUCUGAAGCCAGAGAAUAUCCUCUUGGAUGCUAACGGACAUAUCGCCCUUUGUGACUUUGGUCUUUCCAAGGCCAAUCUCACAAAGAAUGACACUACCAACACUUUCUGUGGAACAACCGAAUACCUUGCGCCCGAGGUUUUGCUCGACGAAUCUGGCUACACCAAGAUGGUGGACUUCUGGUCGCUUGGAGUUUUGGUCUUUGAGAUGUGCUGCGGCUGGAGCCCAUUCUAUGCCGAAGAUACGCAGCAAAUGUAUAAGAAUAUUGCUUUCGGUAAGGUGAGGUUUCCUCGAGAUACCCUUUCUCAGGAAGGAAGGAAUUUCGUCAAGGGACUCCUCAAUAGAAACCCCAAGCACAGACUAGGUGCGACCGACGACGCCGAGGAGCUGAAGAGACACCCCUUCUUUGCCGAUGUCGAUUGGACUCUUCUCUCCAAGAAGCUUAUCACUCCACCUUUCAAACCCAAAUUGAAGUCUGAGACAGACGUCUCAUACUUCGAUCCCGAAUUCACGACCGCGCUGGAUCAGAAUGGCUCUCUGAACGAACGUGCGGCUGCGUUGGCCCGAGGCUAUGCCGCUUCAACUCCUCUUUCUCCUUCCGUUCAGGCCAACUUCCAAGGCUUCACGUUUGUUGACGAAAGCGCAUUAGAUGAUCAUAUGCGAGACAGAGCAGGACUCGUUGAUGAAGAUAUGGAUGAUGGACAACAUCACAGGAACCGCGAUAACGACGAUUGGGACAAUCUCGACGACAUUGACCUCAGGAAGGCAAACCGGAUGAGCGGGAUCGUGAAGACUGGACAUGAUGAGCACAUGGUGGGUGGUUCUCACUUUGACGUAUAA